AUGUUACCAGUGCAGAAGUUGCUUAAAGUCACCGAUGUGCGUACUGACUGGGAAGACCUCAGACCGAAGAGCAUCGUAGAAGACCCCCUCCAUACGACACAGGUAGUUGAAGAGGCUAAGCAUCGGGCCGAGAACCGAAGAGGACUCUUGUCGAUCUUCCAAGAAGCUUGGUUAGAACGUCGACAGCAGUCCUUUAAGCAUAUGGAGGGUCGAAAAAACAAAGGGCUGAAGAAGAAGAGGUUGCAAGUCGGAGAUAGAGUCCUAUGGCUGAAGCCACGUAAGAAGAAGCUCAGUCCUUUGACAAACGAGAAGACUUAUCAAGUGAUUGAGAAGGUUGGUAAGCAGUGCUUCAGACUAGCACCGAUUGACGAGUCUAGCGAUGCUCUAAAGCGCUACGGCGAAGCUAAGAUGCCAGUAGUCCAUCACACAAACUUGUACCGAGUAGAAGACACAAGUGUGAAGAGCGACAACGAGAACGAAGACGAUCUAGGAAACGACGACCACGAGAAUAUGAACGCCGACGAUGAUCUAACCAGACGGAAAGGUAUAGAAGACACCCAAGAUUUGAGUAGGCUCAACACAACACGUAAUGAGUCUAUUGACGAAGAUGCAGAAGAUGAUGUAAGAGAUCGGGAGCAGCAGUUCCUAAGAGCCAUCGAUGGUACCCGCUCUAGAACUGGCCGCACCCGCAGGGGGAGGAAGAUGAUGUUGUAA